CGGUUGUUUUUUUUAAUUACUUGUUCCUGAAUUUCUUGUUAUGUGUCCUCAACAAGCGAACCAGGGUGUUUGUAAGGCGGACGAGGAGGAGGAGGAUGUCGAGGAUGAUGUCGGGGAGGAGGGGAAGGAUGUCGAGGAGGAGGAUGAGGAUGUCGAGGACGAUGUCGGGGAGGAGGGGAAGGAUGUCGAGGAGGAGGAGGACUCAGGGGAGGAGGAGGAUGUCGACGAGGAGGAGGAGGAGGAGGAGGAGGAGGAGGAGGAGGAGGCAGAGGAGGAGGAGGAAGAUGUCGAGGAGGAGGGGGAGGAUGUCGACGAGGAGGAGGAAGAUUAGGAGUAGGAGGAGGAGGUCGGGGAGGAGAAGGAGGACGAUGUCGGGGAGGACGGGGAGGAUGUCGAGGAGGAGGAGGACUCGGAGGAGGACUCGGAGGACCCGGAGGAGGAGGAAGAGGAGGAGAAAAAAAAAAUCCAAUGGAACAAAUCGAUUGGAUUGGAUCUUGUUUUCGAAAUCAAGAUGCAAUUGAAUC